AUGUCUCCAAUGUCGCAGCUUUCAAUCUUGGCAUUUGCCUCGACCGUCCUGGCCUCUCCUUACGGACAUGGACAUGCUCACGGCCAUAAGCACCUUCACACUGGAACCGCGCCAUAUCCCGUCCCAAGCGGUAACAGCACCGGCAUAUGGGGCUCCACCGGAAUUCCGACACAGCAGUCGGCUGCCCCAACUGCUGCCGACCAGACCACUGGCUUCGAGACACUCUACUCGACUGUCAACGUCAACUACGCCUCUGGCUCUGGAGCCUCUGUUGGCGCAGCCGCCGAGGAGACUUCUGCUGCGCAAUGUGGCGCCGAUGUGACCGUUACCAGCACCGAGAAGGUCUACGUGACAGUUACUGGCGGGCAGGCGUCCAGCGCUCCAGUCUCUGCGGCUGAGGCCUCGUCUUCCAAGCCGGCAACCACUGUCCAUGUCACCCAGACCUACACCGCUCCGGGCUCCUAUGGCGGCAACAGCUCUGCGGCUGCUCCAGUCUCCUCUAGCUCUGCGGCACCCUCGGCACCCGCCUACUCGGCGCCUGCUUCAAGCAGCGUUGCUAGCAGCAGCAGCGAGGCCGCUCCAGUCUCAUCUUCGAGCUCUGCUGCUCCAGUCUCAUCUUCGAGCUCUGCUGCUCCGGUCUCGACUUCGAGCCCUGCUGCUCCCGUCUCGUCAUCGAGCUCUGCUGCUCCAGUCUCAUCUUCGAGCUCUGCCGCCGCUUACUCGCCACCAGCGUAUUCUGCCACCAGCCAGAGCUCUGAGGCUGCUCCCGUUUCGUCCAGCGCUGCGGCGUCCUCUGCACCAGCUUCGAGCAGCGCCGCGGCUCCGACGUCUACCUUGAGCUCCUCGUCCAGCUCUUCAUCCAGCGCUGCAGCUAUUCUGCCUACGCUCACAUAUUCCAUCGCAGACAAGGGCGUAGAUAGCACUGCAUCUGCCACUUCUUCCGCGCCUGCUUCGUACAGCUCUUCGAGCAGCUCCAGCUCUGGCAAGCGUGGACUCGGAUACAACGACGCCAGCCUCCUCACCUGCUUCGAGGGCUCCAGCGAGAUCUCGUGGGCUUACAAUUGGGAAGCCGUGAGCAAGGGUCUCACCGGCUUCACAUACAUCCCAACUCUCUGGGGCGACUCCGACACUUGGACCUCUUCCUGGUCUGAGGACGCCAAGUCUGCUAUCAGCAGUGGCUCUACUCAUUUGUUCUCCUUCAACGAGCCCGAUCUCGCUGCUCAAUCUAACCUGUCUCCGGCCGCUGCCGCCGCGGCUUACAAGACGUACAUGAACCCUCUGUCUGGCCAGGCCAAGCUCUGCGCUCCAUCUGUCACCAACGGUGUCGGCACCGACGCCGCACCAAUGGGUAUUCCGUGGUUGAAGGAGUUCAACUCCGCUUGCGGUGGUGCUUGCAAGAUUGACUGCUACAACUUCCACUGGUACGAUUCCGCCUCCAACAUCGAUUACUUCAAGGAGUACGUCAACAACGCAACCUCGCUCGCCGAUGGCAAGCCUAUCUUCAUCUCUGAGUUCGGUGCCACGGGCUCCGAUGACGAGAUCAACACCUUCCUGGAGACUGUCAUGCCCUGGAUGGACAGCAACGACAACAUCGCCGGCUAUGCCUACUACAUGGCAUCCAGCGGUCUCCUCGUCUCCGGCACCGAGCCAUCCACUUACGGCAGCACUUACAAGAGUUACACUUCGUAA